AUAUGAUCCUCAGAUGUUUCUGGGUGUAGGUUGGUCAUUGUUAGCACGUAUCCUUCUAUGGCUGUACAAAGUCAAUAAUUUUGGUAAAGUUAGUACAUCUUCCUGAGAACGAAAUGAAAAAAAUCAGAAAGGAAACAUACAUUCGGCAACGAAAGCAUCUUCGGCAGUACGUGGUUUUGACACACCUGCAAUCUUCAAGUCUAACAUUGGCUUUUCAAAUUUAUUCAUGCCACUGAGCUGAAUCAAUCUGGUUACGGUUCUGAAAGUAUAGAGUGAUCGUCUCUAAUCAGGGGGUUUUUUUAUUUCUUGCUUCAGUGGUAAACGCGGAGGUGCAUGAUUUUAAUGAAAAAUUGGUGAUGUUUUGAUCUUGUAAGCUCAAUCUCCAAACUGAAUUUCCUGAUACAUUGGGCAUAUUGGUGGCGAUGUCUAAAAAAUGGGAACUCUUGGAACACGCCUGGACCCAGGUUUAAAGCUAGACUUGAAUUUCACUAGUGAGUUUAUUAUCACAAUUUUGGACAAAAAAACAGCUGCCCGAAAACGCAUUCAAGUGUUACCUGAUGAAAUUAUAAAUGAAUCCCCAGAGCUCAGCGCCAUUAUGGCAGAGGGAAAUACUCAUAUUGUAUCCAUGAACGACAAUCUGACGUUGACGCACGAGAUUGUGCUGAGCAAGACCGUCUUCACGACGAUAUUCUUGGAGUCAUAUCAAUAUAUUCACCGUGCAAAGGAACUUAGGCGAGAAGUAAACUUGGUCAACUAUCAGGAUAUUAAGAAGGCAACAUUUGGGUUAUUGUUUGCUACAUCAUUAGACACCAGUGCUUUGAGGAUGAACCUUGAGGUACUAGAGCUUAACAAUUAUGGGAAAGAUGUUCUGUAUGAAACUUACUUUCUCGUUGCGGGAUAUCUAACAUGCAACUACGAAAAAACAAACAAAUCUUCCUGCUUGUGGGAAUAUUUCAAGCGAUUGCAUGUGUGGCUUUAUGAUAUUAUUCCUGAAAAAAGUCAUGGAGCUGGUGAUAUGGUUACUUUCAUGGAUGAGUGGGUAUCUUGUGGGGGUAGGGAGUUGUUAAUCGCUUUCUCGAUCAAAACAUGUCUAAGGUCUCUUGAACAACACCCUAGAAACUACUAUGCUUGCAAUUCCUUACGAUUUUUUCUUUCCAAAGUUAAUACGCUUGAGCUGAGAGAAAAGAUUUUUAAAGAAUUAAUUGAAUACGCCAUGCAAAACCCGGGAGAUUUCAGUUUAUGGAUGGUCAUAUGCAGCUCUGUUGUAGAUUUGAAAACCAAUGAAUUUGCAUCGUAUAGAAGAGAAUGGAAGCGCCACUCCAGGUUGGAGUCUAAGGAAAAGCAACAGGACUUGGGCAAUUGCGAGAGACUUAUCAAUGAGUUAUAUGAAAAGAUGAGGGAUUUUGCUUUGGCAACCGGCUGCUACGGUGGGCUGCUAGCAGCCUUUGUACUUAAUUUCAGAUUAAACAUAUGGGACAACCUUGAAUCAGAGAUUGUAACGACGUUCAAGGAUUUUGAAGCAGAACACAAUGUGGAGAUCAACACGAAGAGAAAGUGUCUGCGUGAUUGCGCAACAGGCCAGAGAGUUGAUUUAAAAAACGAUUUACUGCUACGGGAGGAUUUUAAUCUUGCAUUAAGCAUGAAGAGAGCCUGGGAGGACGCCAUUGCGAUGAACAUGCAGCGAAAAGAUAGUUAGAGGGUUCUCGAAAAGGGUAAACUGUAGAUCCAUUUAUAUUUCGUAUAUCGAUAUAAAUGCGGGCUAUUGGUAAAAUAAAUGGAGAGGUAAACUUGAACGGAAAUGUGUGGAAAUGUGCAUGAUAAAAGCGUAAAAAAAAUGGAACCGUAAUGG